AUGGACACAGACUAUUCGAAGAGAGUGUACCAAGGCGUCAGAGUCAAGCAUACAGUCAAAGACCUGCUGGCAGAGAAGAGAUCCCGACAGACAAAUGGGCCCAGAUACAGUGGAGGAUCAACCACUCCGCCUUCAUUUGUCCAGAUGCCAGGGUCUCACAUGUUGCCCAGCUACUACGGCGUGAGGCGUCCCUUCAUCUCCGACUCCGACUUCUGUCCAUCCACCAAGCUGUUCUCCCCUGACGUCUACUCCUCAAGCCUCGGGGGUAAACAUCUGGGCUGCGACCCGUCCACGAUGUCCGGCUACUCCUCCCUUAUUGACAGCUACUACCCAGAGGCCUUUGGUGAUUACCGCAGCGCCUCCGCCUUCUCCAGCUCUGGAGGAUCCUUCCUGCAAUCGUCGGCCCUCUCUUCCCUGCCGCCUCCCUUCAAUGGAGAGUCCUCGCAUCUUUUUCUGAGAGACUCAUGGGAGCAGUCGGUUCCAGAGCCAGUAUCCCAGGUGGAGGCUCUAUGUCCUGACGGCCUGGCCUCCGUCAGCAUCCCGCCCUCCAUGCCCAGUCCAGAGCCCCCGGGUAGCCCCUCCCAGUACCGGCCCACCAGCCGAGGCUCCUCCAUGUGCUCCGUCCCAGGCAGCCAGCCCUACACCCUGCACCCUCUGGAGGAAGCCCACUACCACUCUUUAACCAGCAGCUCCUAUACCACCCCCUCCUCCUCCUUCGCCUGCCCUCCAUAUAUGAGCAGCCCUGCCAGCGAUCUGGUGUCCAAGAUGGUUACGGAGGAGGCCAACGUCCACGGCAGCCUCCCAAACAAUGUUGAGGCUCAAGCCUCCUGGGCAAAAGAGGAUGGGGUGAGCCCCUGGUCGCCCUAUGAGAUCAGGAGGGCCUUCUGACUGGAUGACAGGCUACUGGUUCAGAAUAAAGAGGAAGACGGACGUUUCACAGACAGUUAAACAGACAGUACAGAGACAAUUCUGGGACGUGUUUUGUAAAUAGGACAAUUUCUUUGCAUCCAUAGCAUCAAGGUGUCCAUAUGUCCAUAUUCCAACCUGAUGUCAGGGCAAUGUUCCUAUUUAUUGCUUGAUUUAUAUGUUACAGAGUGGAGGAAUAACUUGUGACAUGCCAUAAAAUGAAAAAUGGAUGAAAUAGGAUUUUCACUUUUAUGAUGUAUCAUACUAGAGUUUGUGUUUGUUUUAAAAAGCCAUGUUACAUGUUUAAACUCUUUUAAGAUGUAAAUGGUUUCUAUGCCAAAGGGGGAACUUCUCUAGUGGGUAUGGGGAAAUGUUGUGGAGUUUCUCAGCUCAUUUGAAAAAAUAUAUAAACAAUUUAGUAAAGUGUACAGUAUACCUGUAAUGUAUUUGUGUUAAGGUGAAAAUACAAGUCAGAUUUCAGAUUGGUGUGAGGCUCAUCUUUAUCCUCCUAACUGCAGCUGCAGCACCUUGAGCACCAGACUCCACCCUGAGUCAAUAUUUUCACGGCACUAACUGUUAGUGGGAAUUUCUGUAAAGUGAGCAGAUGGAUAAAUGGUUAAAAUGACCAGUAUCAGAAAAAACACGCAC